CAAACAUGUCAAUUGACGCUGCAACCUCAGCUCUGCAUCUUUCGUUCCCUCCUACUACAGCCACGGGCUUUGUUGUUCCCCAGAGCCGUUCCUUUACAGUUUCGGUAAACCCGGUAGUGUUAUUUUCUGUCCUCGAUCAUUAUCUUCGUAGGCAAGAAAAACAACACCGAGUAAUCGGAACCUUAUUAGGUGUUAGAAGUGAAGAUGGGAGCGAAGUCGAAGUCCGAAAUUGCUUCCCUGUUUCUCAUGAUGAGACUGACAAUCAGGUUGCUGUAGACAUGGAAUAUCACCGUAAUAUGUUCGAACUUCACAAGAAAGUCAACGCAAAGGAGGUGAUUGUUGGAUGGUAUGCUACUGGUUCUAAUCUUAAUCAAUGGAACGCUCUUAUACAAGAUUUUUAUUCAAGAGAAGUUAUGCCACCAUUUCAAGCUAUCCAUUUAACAAUGGAUACAGAUCUCAAGAAUGAUGAUAAGCUUUUAGGUGUCAAAACAUAUGUUAGUGCACCAAUUGGAAUUUCCGCAAAGCCAGAGAAUUGUUUAUUUUUGCCUGUUCCAUGCGAUGUCAAAUAUUUUGACGCCGAACGAAGUGGACUCGACCUUCUUGCAUCUGCAAAAAAUGAUACGGAUCGUUCCACAUCCCUAUUUUCUGACAUGGAUAACCUUGAAAAAACGAUAAAGGCUGUUUUUGAAAUGCUAGAGAGAGUUACGGACUACGUAAAUAAAGUCUUGGAUGGAAGCAUACCCGCCGAUAAUACAAUAGGUCGAUUUUUAAUGGAUACGAUUUCAGUUGUACCAAAAAUCGAUAAAGUAGAAUUCGAAAAAAUGUUCAAUGGACAUCUACAGGAUUUAUUAAUGGUUUCUUACCUUGCAAACAUGACACGUACACAACUUGCUAUCGCAGAAAGACUACAAUUACUUGUAUAAUCUCAUAAUUAAUUUGAAGAUUUUUCCAGUAAAAAAAUAUACCUUUAAAAUUUUUUACCACUUCAUAUUCUGCUUCAUUAAUAUUUAUCAUAAAAAUGAUGGAACUUCAAAAAGAGGAACGAAAUGAUGAGAGUCACGUGAAAAUUGGUUUCGUAGAGUUUAUUUUCUUUUUGCAUAAGUAUUUUUUUAGAUCUAACAUUGGUUCAUUUAAAAGGUGUCAUUUACAGAUUACUUUUUAUUCGCACAAUUUUAUUCAUCAUGUAAUACUAUUUACUUUAUUAAUAAAAAAAUUGUUAUUAAAUAAUCUAA